ACCUCAUCAUGAAAACAUACUUGCUAUUAUUUCAAUAAGUUUGGCGAUUCAGCUUCAUUUUUGUGCGGCUGAUGUGGGCACAGCAACCUUCUACGGUCCUCCAUAUGUCCGUAAGUAUGAUUAAAUCAAGUGCAAUAAACCUAAUUCUCUGGUUGGUUGAUUUUUUAUUUGGAAUUUGCAGCAACUUCGUGCUAUGGCAAUUUCCAGCCGGCAAUCUUUUUGGAGCGGCUAAUGACGCGAUUUGGGACAACCAGGCUGCCUGCGGAAGAAAAUACAGAAUUCGAUGUUUGAGCGGAACAAGUAACCACAGAGUUAAUCCAUGCAGACAAAGAUCCCUUGUCGUAAAGAUUCUGGAUUACUGUUCUUCUGCUGGAUGCGAUAAUGGCGAUGCAACUUUCCAUUUAUCUGCGGAUGCGUUUUCUCACAUUGCUCAUUCCUCUGCUAAAAAGAUUAACGUCGAAUACGAACAAGUCUGAUGCAGCAGAAUUCCUUGCCAAGUUAAAGUUAUGCACGGCAAAAGCAAAGAUCGAUGGAGAUCUACAUUAUGUAAUUAAUG